GCCUCCUCUUAUCCCUCCACUCCCCUCUUCCCGCCUCCCCAACCGCCGGCGAUGCCUCCCCCGGCGGGGCUGCUCCCCUGGCCGUCCCCGACCGUCCCGGCACCCCGACUCACCACCACGACCCAGCCGCGACCCCCGCCUCGCGUCCGCCCUCCUCCUCCUCCCCCUCCCCCUCGCCGCGCCCCGCCGCCACCUCCGCGGCUCAAGCCGGUCGUCGCGCCAAAACCGGCCGCCUCCCUGCCCCCGCCGCCCGCCAUUGUCUCCACCAUGGACCCCGCCUCCACCUGCCUCAACUGCACCCACUUCGGCUCGUGCUCCGGAUGCUCGCACGAGUUUGACUUGGACAAGCCGCCGGUGCUGCAGGAGGUGGCGGAUUUCUUCAGUGGCCACGGAAUCGAAGACUUCACCUUCAGCAGGGGCAGGCUGUCAGAAUGGCGGUGCCGGGCGAAGCUGGCGGUACGUGGAACACCAGAGAAACCACUGAUUGGCCUGUAUCAGGAAGGGACACAUACUGUUCAAGAUAUUCCCGAUUGCAGAGCCCAUCACCCAAGCAUUAACUAUGCUAUUAAGCUUCUGAAGCAAGGUAUAUCUGAGCUCGGUGUGCAGCCUUUUGAUGAAGAUGCUGGUACUGGUGAACUAAGAUACGUGCAGAUGACCGUGACGACAUAUAACACGUCUAUUCCAGUUGCGCAAAGAUACGAGCAAGCGAGAGUUCAAGUUUCAUUGGUUUGGAAUUCAAGAGACGAGCACUCCAAAAAUUCAGAGAAGUUGAGUUUGUUGCAAGAAUUCUUAUGGACAAAUGGUGGACCAAGAAGUAAUUUGCAUGUGAUUCACUCUAUAUGGGCCAAUUUCCAGACAUCAACCAGCAAUAUAAUUUUUGGGCAUAAAUGGAGACAUAUCGGCGGGGAGGCAGAUCUGUGGGAGCGUUUUGGGGGAGUUGAUAUUUGUCUUGACCCUUAUAGCUUUGGGCAGGCUAAUACUCUGUCUUUUAACUCGUUACUGCAUAAGUUGAUCAAAUAUGUACCACGGGGCUCAACAGUUGUUGAUUUGUACUCUGGUGCCGGUGUUAUUGGGUUAGCCAUCGCGGCUUCUAGGAAAUGCAGGUCUGUGAGAUGUGUUGAGAUCAACAAAAUGUCGAAAUUGUCUUUUGAGAAGUCAGCAAGCCGACUUCCACCAAACCUGGGUUGCACCAUAACUUGGCACAAUACCGAUGCUUCAGCUGAACCCAUUCACUGGCUUGAAGGGUCAAGUGUUGCUAUCGUGGAUCCUCCCAGGAAAGGACUGCACCCUUCUGUUAUCAAUGCUCUACAGAGAGUUGCUUUGUCUGAGCGCAAGGCGUUCAAGGCCAAAAGUUCACUUACAAAGGUCAAAGAUGAGAAGAGACCAUGGAUCCUGCGAGCAAGGGAACCAGCUGUUCAUGUUGAUAGUACAAUCAUGGAAGAAAGUAGUGGAAUAUGGCCAGAGACCCUCAUAUACAUCAGCUGCGGAUGGGACAGUUUUAAAAAGGAUUGCAAAAGCUUGAUAUCCAACGAGGCCUGGUAUUUAGAGAAUGUACAUGCUUUUAACUUCUUCCCGGGCACUGAUAGCAUCGAAGUCCUGGCGAUCUUCAGACGGGACUCUGGAAUUGCUCAGAAGAAAACAAAAGCAAAGAUUAAAGGAAAAACGAAAACAAAAGCGAAAAAGAAGAAAGCCAAGCCAUCGAAAGUCUGACCAGACAGAAAUGAUUUGGUCAUAUAAAAAGGCUGGAAGUGGCACGGGCUGUGGUGCUAAUAUGGCAUAUGCUUGCAUGUUUACCGCCGACCCAGAAAGUGAUGGGUUGCCGCGAGGAAUUUCACACCGGUCAAACGAAACAUCGACUCAAGGAUCUCAAUUUAGGGCAAGGUAUUUGUAGAAACUCACAUAGCUAGUGUCUCAUUCAGGAACUUACAUUCUGUGCUAGGUAAUAUACUGGCUUAUUCCCUUGUGUAAACCAGCACUGAAACUGUGCAGUACAGGUUAGCUUAAGAGGGGAAGUCGAGCGCAACGGGACUGAUGUCAAUCGCCGUUUCACCAAAUUUUGGCCGUGCAUUUCAGUUCGCCGUUGUUGUUCGAAAUAUAGAGCGUAGACUAUCUGCAGUGUUCUGUAUCUAGGGAGGACAAAGAACAUCAACCUUUUGUCAAAUGAAGCAUCAUUGUAUCUUUAGGUUGUAUACUUUUGUUUUCGAUUGCUCAAUCACCCUGUAUCUACCACCGUUAGGAUGUGGCCGGGGGAAAAUCAACUUGUAUGUCCGGAGAAUUUAGCAAAAGGCAGCAAAGUUGUACUCCCUCUGCUCCAAAAUAAGUGUCGCUGACUCAAUACAAAGUUGUACUAAAUCAACAACACUUAUUUCUUA